AUGCCGUCGCAGCGCCGAACGAGGCUCUUCGGCGUGCUCUUCCUCGUCACCGUCGUCGUCAUCCUCUACGUGACGCGCUCGGGCACCCAGACACACGUCUCCGACUUCUACACCAAGACGCAGGAGGCGCUGCAGCAGCACGACUUCGCCGAGGCCGCCAAGCAGCGCGACGCAGACAGCGUAGGCACCCGCCUCAAGGCCGCCGAAGACGCCGCCAAGAAGGCCGCCUCGGAAAAGAGCGCCGAGUACCACAAGGCCGUCGAGGGCAAGGACAAGUCGGUCGCUGGGCGCGUCAAGAUCGAGGGCGACAAGCCCACGCCCGUCCCCGGCGUCGCAGCCCACGGCGGCCGUCCGCGCGACCAGACGGCCAUGAAGGAGCACGAGACGCCCGAGGACCACGACGUCGAGAUGGAGCUCAACGCCAUCCUCAAGAAGAGUCCAACCAUCAUCUUCUCCAAAUCCUACUGCCCCUUCUCCGCCCGCGCCAAGCACAUCCUGCUCGCCAAGUACACAAUCACGCCCGCGCCCUACGUCGUCGAGCUGGACCAGCACCCACUGGGCGCCAAGCUGCAAGACACGCUCGCGCAGAUGACAGGCCGCCGCACCGUCCCCAACGUCCUGAUCCAGGGCAAGAGCAUCGGCGGCGGCGACGACAUGCAGCACCUCGACGACACCGACAAGCUCAUCGAGACCUUCAAGGCCUUGGGCGGCAGCAGGAUCCAGGACGUCGUCCACAACGGCGCGCGCCCUGCCAAGGCUGCUGAUCCCGCCAUGCGCAGGCGCAGGCGCAGGGCUUAG